AUGGACCGGUCGAUCAACUUCCGCGGCAUCGCCGGGAGCGCCGGCAACAUCAUGCAGGGAAUGGGGAAAUUCGUUUUCGGCAACGAGGGGAUCGAGUCAAAGGAAGAUAGCUACGUCGAGAGAUAUCUUGACCGGAUAAGCAAUGGCACGAUACCUGAUGACCGGAGGUCUGCCAUGACCGAGCUGCAGUCUCUCGUGGCAGAAAGCCGCUCGGCACAGAUGUCGUUUGGAGCAAUGGGUUUUCCUAUCCUCCUCAAUAUUUUGAAAGAAGACCGCGAGGAUGUAGAGCUUGUGAGAGGUGCCCUGGAGACCUUUGUGAGCGCAUUGACUCCUAUUGAGACGUCACAAGGGCCAAAGACUGAGGUUCAACCAGCAUCGGUGAACUCUGAUCUGCUGUCUCGAGAAACGGAGAAUAUUUCUCUUCUUUUGAGCUUAUUGUCAGAGGAAGACUUUUAUGUGAGAUACUACACAAUCCAGCUUCUAACAGCUCUACUUACAAACUCGCUGAAAAGGUUACAGGAAGCGAUUCUAUUGAUCCCUCGUGGUAUAACAGUUCUAAUGGACAUGCUUAUGGAUCGUGAGGUCAUAAGGAAUGAAGCACUGUUACUUCUUACUUAUUUGACUCGGGAUGCAGAGGAAAUUCAAAAAAUUGUUGUAUUUGAGGGUGUGUUUGAGAAGAUAUUUAGCAUUAUCAGAGAGGAGGGCCAUUCUGAUGGAGGUGUAGUUGUUCAGGAUUGCCUUGAACUGCUAAAUAAUUUAAUUCGACACAAUGCGUCAAAUCAGAUGCUUUUGAAAGAGACAAUGGGCUUUGACCCAUUGAUAUCAAUACUAAAGAUUAGGAGAGGCAGUGCAUUUAAUUUUACCCAACAGAAGACAGUAAAUCUCCUCGGCGCUUUAAAUACUGUGGAAUUGCUUUUGAUGGGGGGCCCAUCCGGUGAAGCAGGUAAAGAUGCUAACAAGAACGCAAAUCAAACUGCACUGGCUCAGAAAAAAAUUCUGGACCAUCUUCUUUUGUUGGGCGUUGAGAGUCAGUGGGCCCCUGUCGCUCUCCGCUGUAUGGCACUGCGAUGUAUUGGCAAUUUGGUGUUAAGAAAUCCUCAGAAUCUUGAUUCUCUUGCAAGAAAGCAAGUCGGAGAAGAGCCUCAUGUUCAACCUGCACUGAAUGCCAUCUUCUCUAUAAUCUUGCGGACCUCUAUAGCGCAGGAAUUUGUUGCUGCUGAUUAUGUAUUCAAGUGUUUCUGCGAGAGAAAUCCUAAUGGCCAGGCAUUAUUAGCAUCAACUAUUGCUCCACAUCCGAACCAAGGAGAUACGCAUGGACCUGCUAGUGACAUGCCUUUUGGAAGUGUACUUCUGCAAGCUCUGGUUUCAAGUGAUGUCAAUGCAGAUAUGGAGGUAUUGCAAAUUCAGCUUGAGACACCUACACCAUCCUUGGGGCGCACUGAACCGGUAUUGCAUCGUAUUGUCACGUGUUUGUCCAUUGCAGCUUCAACAGAUGGAGAAAACGACCAAAACAACCAACCAGAAGAACCGUACAUUCAACCUGUUAUUCUUCGGCUACUCAUCAUAUGGCUUGUUGAUUGUUCAAAUGCUGUCAACUGCCUUUUGGAAUCAGCAGUGCAUCUGAACUACAUAAUAGAGCUUGCUUCAAGUAAACGUUACACUGCUUGUGUUCGUGGACUUGCUGCUGUUGUUCUAGGUGCUUGCAUCCUGUACAAUGCUAGCCGUGAGAAGGGUCGUGAUGCCUUUGCUGUUGCAGAUGCUAUAAGUCAAAAGAUUGGCCUCACAACAUACUUCUUGAGGUUUGAUGAAUUGAGGAAAAGCUUGGCACAUCCGUUGUCAGAGCAGCAUCACCGCAUGGAGCUUUCCAGAUCAAGUGCGAAUAGCAUGUCAGAUUUCCAAGAGAUUGAAGAGGAUGAAACAAAUAAAGACGACCAACACCCUGUCCUCUCAGAAAUAUUUGAUUCACAGUUUGUUAAUUUUCUUAGUAAGCUUGAGGCUGAUAUUAGAGAAAACAUAAUGGAUAUAUUUAGUCGGACAAAAACUGCAACUGCAGUCCUUCCUACUGAAUUGGAGCAGAAGAACGGGGAGGUCGAUGGAGAGUAUAUCAAGCGACUAAAGUCAUUUGUAGAGAAACAGUGCAAUGAGAUGCAGGACUUACUGGCUCGAAAUGCAAUGUUAGCAGAAGAGUUAGUGAGAACUGGUGCUGGUACCACUACAGAUACUUCACAGAAACCGAGCAGUGGCCGAGAAAGGGUCCAGAUUGAAGCCCUCAGACAAGAACUGGAGGGAGCGAAACGACAGAUAGAGGCACUAAAAGCUGAAAAGUCCCAGAUUGAAGCUGAAGCUAACAACCAAAGAAACCUUUCAGUAAAACUGGAGUCUGAUCUCAAGAGCUUGUCAGAAGCUUACAACAGCAUAGAGCAGGCCAACUACUGCUUGGAUGCCGAGGUAAAAACCUUGCGGCAGGGAGGCAGCGUGCCGUAUCCUGACGUGGAAGCAAUAAAAGCGCAAGCCAAGGAAGAGGCUGAGAAGGACAGUGAGGCGGAACUGAAUGAUCUACUUGUCUGCCUCGGCCAGGAACAAACUAAGGUUGAGAAGCUGAGCACAAGGCUGGCAGAGCUCGGAGAAGAUGUGGAUACCCUUCUGCAAGGUAUUGGCGAUGACACUGCCAUUCAGGAUGAUGACGAUGACGAUGAAGAUGAAGAAGAGUAA